GAGGAGCUUGGAGUCAUGCAUACCAUCCACGGGCUGUGUAGGGUCUGCAUCGCCGCUAGACUGCCUCAGGUCUGUCCCCCUAGAUAAUCACCUGAAGAGAGAAAGGGAGGGUGGGAGGGAGGGAGAGGAGGAUAGAGGGAGAGAUAGAAGUGUGUUGUGCAUAGGGGUGUGACAAAUUGGGGGAGAGUGUCAGGUAAGUGUGCGAGUGAGAAGAGAGGGAGAGGACAGGGAGAGGGGUAGGAUGGUGUGGAGAAUGGGGGUAGUGGGAGGAUGGAAGAAGAGGGGGAGAGGAUGAGAGAUGGGUGUUCAAAUAGGGUUCUGUGUGUAGCCGGCUGUUUUGGAGAGACUGCAACACAGGCAAAGAGAAUAUGUUAGAAAGCAUGAAAAUUUGAAAAUGACAAGGGAACAGAAAGAUGAAAGAGCAAUGAUGUAGGAAGCAGACCGUUCAAUUGGUUGUGAAACUAUAUUGAUUUUUUUGUGUAGUGAGAAGGGAACAGAAAGAUGAAAGAGCAAUGAUGUAGGAAGCAGACCGUUCAAUUGGUUGUGAAACUAUAUCGAUUUUGUUGUAUAGUGACAAGGGAACAGAAAGAUGAAGAGCAAUGAUGUAGGAAGCAGACCGUUCAAUUAGUUGUGAAACUAUAUCAAUUUUUUUGUAUAGUGAAAUUGGAUUAAGGCACCGGAACAAUAAGAGAUAGAUAGAUAGGAGAAAAGUUAGGGAAUUUAUAUUCGAGGCUUUAGGCAUUACUUUGCCAUUGGAAAGCUCACUCCUACAGUAUCUAAAGAAUAAGGGAAGUAAUGAUGAGGAAACCAGUGUAAAAACCGAGUGGAUGAAAAGAGAGAGUGUGUUCCCUGUUUCCUGAGACAGAAGAAUGUGGUCUCCGCCACCUGCUUUAUUUAUCCAGAGGCAAUCUGAUGGAAAAAAAGAGAGAAAGGGAGAAAGUUGAGACUGUGCUACAGGCAAAAUGUACAACCAAAGUCUGGAGUUUCUCAUCCUCACUUAAAAAUGACUUUGAAUCAGUCUCAAUCUUAUGGCUUAUAGCACUAACCUUUCUUAUCUAACAGUUUGCAAUCAGUGAUUGGAGUUUGCGUGGCAUCGCGUCAGUACAGUGUGUUGACAUGGACACAAUACCUGGCUGGCAGGGAGUUUGUUUUAUUUGUCAGCCUAGACACAUUGUCACCAAAACACAGUGACCCAGAUAAGGCCUUGCACAACAGACCGGGACUGUCUUACUGGAGCUUUAGUGUUGUGGAGUUCAGCACACAAACAGACCUGGUAGUGGAUGGGAGAGAAUUUGUAUUUUGCUUUAGUCCUGUAGUGUGCAUGCAUGUGUGUGUAUGUGUGUGUUUGUAUGUGUGAGUAUGUAAGUUAGUAGUGUAAUCACUGAAGCACAUCGGGUUGACAGGCUGUAGAGGCAUCAAACAGAGCAGAAGCACACAGAAGACAGACAGACAGACAGUGGGUUGGCUCCCAGCUGUCGGCUCUCAUAGUUAGAUAGUGUCUCAUAUGAGACUGUUGAGGCAAAACAACAUAGAGAGAAAGCUUGAUUUCACACACGCAUGCACCCACACACUGCGCAUUUCACAGGACACAACAGGUCACGACUCCACACACACACACACACACACACACACACACACACACACACACACACACACACACACACACACACACACACACACACUCCUACGCGUUACAUAAAUGCACUCCUGUACAAUUCAUUUCCAUAGCUAAGUCUCUGAAUAGCGAGCAAUGGUAGUUUCAUACUCACUCUAAAGCACCAUAUAAGUGGGCUCGUAACCUUCUCAUUUGACUGGAAGGAGAUAGAUUGAGGCAUUAGAGGCUCUUGAGACAAACUGGAGAUGGGAGAAUAGCAUCCAGAUGCUCACUCUGAGCCAGCUUUGUAUGCUGCCUGUCAGGUUCUCUGGCCUUGGCCUGAAGAGCUUUCCAAACUGCUCACAUCAGUAUUGUGCAAGGUUGGACUUGUGUGUUAGCGCAUGGGAGAGCAAGACUAGGGAUGAGGGUUAGUGAGUAAGAAUGUGUGUGUGUGUGUGUGUGUGUGUGUGUACCCACCGUGUGCCCACUGUCAGGCCCUGGAUGCCAGUCGGUGUGUCUUGUCUCCCAGUAGUCCGGUCCCACGCUCAGAGAGGCCAGGGGGCAUCUCACAUUAACACUACCCCCCACUACCCACCGCCCCUCUACUCUACCCUCCCUCUUCUACAGCGUGCCAACCUAUCCCUUCACACUACUACCCCCUGCAGAGCCCCAUCUCUCUUUCCCUUCUCUCACUGUCUCCCUCAGACACUCCCCCGGUCUUUCUCCAUUCGCUUCUGUUGUUUCUCUCUUUUCCCCAUCUGUCUUUUUGUCUCUUCAUCUCACGUCUUCCUUCUGUGUCUCUCUUUCUCCCUCUCUCUCUCCCUCUCUCCCUCCCUCCCUCCCUCCCUCUCCCUCUCCCUCUCCCUCUCCCUCUCCCUCUCCCUCUCCCUCUCCCUCUCCCUCUCCCUCUCCCUCUCCCUCUCCCUCUCCCUCUCCUUCUCCCUCUCCCUCUCCCUCUCCCUCCCUCUCUCUCUGAUCUGACAGUGGUGAUGUUGUCUCUGGUCGUUAGCCAGGAUGUAGGGUUAUUAAACAGUUGUCUCCUCCACUACCCAGAUGAUCUACAUUUUAAAACUAUCAAGAUUAUCAUCUAUCAAACAUUUAAAAAUACUAUCAAGAUAAAAGAGUCUUGGAGCAACAUUGUACUGUGUUUGUGUGUUCAGAUAGACUUUAAUUUCAGAGGCCCUAUUGUCAGCAGAUGAGAUGGAAACAAUGUUUUGGAGCGGAGCACUAUUGAUUUUGGCACACACACUGGGAUUAUUCCUGGAAUUUUUACAGAAAGUUUUUGGGCAUCGUACGUGUGUGUGUGUGUGUGUGUGUGUGUGUGUGUGUGCUUGCGCACCUGCUCUGUGUGGAUGCUGUCCACAGUUGGCGUCAGAUCCACACCAAAGCGCCGGCCUCAUUUGAUGAGGGCCACAGUGCUAGUUUGUUUGGCUGGUAUCCACACACAUUCCAUCCACACACACUCAGCUGCUGGCCAGAGAGAGAACCACACUCUAAUCUGUAGGCAUAUCUCACAUGUUGGUCUAACUACUCCUAUUUUGCUGUAGAUGAUUUUUCGAAAAUAAUAUUUGCUUUUUACUCCAUGGACAUACAUAGACAUGUAAUAAUUGAAUAAUGUCUUUACAUAUGUUGAUUUGAUGUCUCUGUGUCUUUAGGUGACCAUCCUUCGAGGAAAGGACGGCUAUGGCUUCACCAUCUGCUCUGACUCCCCAGUGAGGGUACAGGCUGUCGAUCCAGGCAAGGCUCUCCUUUCCCUGCUGUCUGUGUGUUGAUGUGUGUGUGUUAGUCUAGAUGUGUAGUUGUGUGUAUAUCUGACCCAGCCUUGCCCUCUACUGUCCUGAGGUGGUCAAGCAUAUCAGGUUUGUGUGUAAAUGAUUGGGUAGAAGCUUGUGUGUGUAACUGCCCAAUCUCUUGUCUUGAGGUGGUCGGCUGUUUGUGUGUGUGUGGGUAUUUGCGUGAAAUCUCUCUGUGUGUGUGUGUGUGACCCUCUACUGACCUUUCUUCAGGUGGUCCGGCGGAUCAGGCAGGUCUGCAGCAGCUGGACACUGUGCUGCAGCUCAAUGGUCAGCCUGUAGAACAGUGGAAAUGUGUGGAGCUCGCCCACGCCAUCAGGUACUACAGGCAGGGAGACACAGAGGAAAUAAUGGACUAAACCAACUUUGAUAGGGAUAACUAUCUUCAACACUUAUAGCUCCCCAUGUACAUUUUAAAAGUGUAUCUAUGCACAGCAAACCCUAUAUAGACACUCUGGCCUGUAGCCUCUUUGCUCACGUCCUUUGCCUUUGAUAAGCUUACCUUUUCACAUUCCCUCUCUCCCUCCCUCUACAGAAACAGCUCCAAUGAGAUCACGGUUGUGGUAUGGCGCACCGGGCCGGCCGCCAAGCCCAGUUUUGAGGGCCUCAUCCACCGGCCCUCCUACAAGCCCAACUAUGACACCCCCUCGCCCCCCACCAGGCGGAGGGACAGGUCCAAGGACCGGCUAGACCGGGACAAGACCCCCCCGGCCGUGCCCCCCCUCCCUGCCCACCACAGGACCAGCCGCCGGGUGCUGGUCAACGGCUCUGAGGGGGGCGGCGGGGGAGGGGUAGGGGGGCCGUGGGGGGAGAGGGGGCGUGUAGGAGGGGGGGCGGAGGAGGUGGAUGGUAAAGCCCGGAGCCAGACCCAGACCCAGAGCCACACAGCCACGCUGAAGGGGACUAGAGUGAAGGCGUCCAACGGAGAUAACUACAUCAUCCUGGCCCCCAUAAACCCAGGAAGCCAGGUACUGGCGGAGGAGCAGAGGCUCAUGGUCCAUCCCAGGCUCCUGCCCUACCCCCUUGAUGGCACUAUCUAGACCCUGACAUACCCUGGAGAUCUCAAUAUGUGCCAUUCAUACCUGCCAUAGAUCCGUGCCAAUCCUACCUGACAUACACUAUCUGCCAUCUAAAUCUGAGAUAUACCCUGCCAUUCUAACCUGAGAAAUAACUGUGUAAUUCAAACUGACACAUGUGCAUUCUGUAAAUCAAAGAUACAAUAUAUAGUAAAUAGUUAAAUAGGUAGUUGAAUGAGACAUUUUGAAAAAAUAGUAUACAACCAAGAGUUGAGAUUUGCUUCACCAGUAAGUAGUAUUCAAGCCCAUAUAUGGGGAAAGCCACAUUUGGCCCAUGGGGUGUUCUAUCAAAUGAUGCACACUGUAACAUCCUGUGACAUACUGUAUAUGAGGCAAUAGCUCUUUAUGAUAAAGACAUAAUAAAGUGUAACAAAUGGAAAAAGAAACACACUGAUUGUGAACUUGAUUCCUUAACAUCCCCAACCAUACAACACUAACCAUCCAGCCUGUAAAAAUGGACCAGUUAUGUUGAAGCAAUGAAUGCAGAGAACUAGAAUCCCAUAACUUCUAGUCUUUACUUAGUCCUCCAUUAUCUGUCCCACUGAGCUUGAACAGCCAAUCACAGACAGUAAUGCUGACUGUGUGGCUGAGGGCUAGCGUGACUCAGUAGCCUGGUUGUUAGAAGGCCUCUAGGGGAAGUGAAGGAGACUGUAUACCCUGCUUUUCAUCUAGACCCAGGGACCUAGACACUGUAGGGCUGUCGGUUAGUCUGGGAGCUGCUGCCUGCCUGGCAAUCUAAGUGUGUGUGUGCGCUUGCUUAAUGUGUGUGCGUGUGUAGGGAAGUGUGUUUGUCUGAGGGCAGCUAUGCUACCUCAACAUAUAUGGCAUGACACAGGGCUCAGAGGGCAUGAUGGGAACGUCUUCUGUGUGUAAAUGCUAAGAGGAGAGCACAGGGGUUAGGGGGUUAGGAGUGUGAGGGGGUGGACUGCUGUGGAGGGCUGUGGAGGAGGAGUGGAUGGAGUGGGGAUAGGAUGCAGAUGAGGGGAUAGCGAAGAGGGCGAGAGAGGGAUAAGAGAGGGAAACCCCCCAUUAAUCACCUUCCCUAUGGGAAACAUGGGAUAGGGAACAGAGUAGAUAUGGGUAGUACAUCAACAGGUUGGAAUAAUGGUUGUAAGAAGUAGAAGGGAUUAAUGGGGUAGAGAGAGGCAAUUAUGGAUGGAUGAUGGGUACAGCAGAAGAGGGAGAAAGUAGAGGAAAGGAAAAAUGUAGAUAAAGCAGUUGCCAAAGUGGAUGGAAAUAAGAGGAUAGAACAUUUCAGACUAAAUCCAAACUUUGAAGCAUGGGGUAAAUGAGCAUCUCUCCUCCUCAGCCUGGUCAGCCUGGUCACAGGUCAGAGCAGGCAUACAAUCCAUGAUGAUUUGGUUUCAUCUUGUCAGCCAGUCCCCACUGAAACACACACAGCAGAGAAAUCAAUCAUGGAAGAUAGUUGGAUGUACCAGCCAUUGAUAUGCCUCUGGUUGGGUAGAUCUUAUAUAUCGGGUAGAUCUUAUCGUUAGGCAAAGUUCUAGGAUCAGCUCCCCCCUCCCCCAUUACAUUUCCAGGGGCAACGUUACUAGGGUGCUUGAGUAGUUAUCUGUAGGCACAGUUAAGGAUCAGCUCCCUCCAUCAACCAUUCAAUUUCCAAGGGCAAUGUCAUCCUUCUCUAGUAUUCAUAGAGCUAAGGUACAGUACAGUGUGUGGUUGACGUCUGUGUCACUCAAUGCCAUAGGAAUCAAUGAACAGCACAGUCACCAUCAUGUAUCAACAGCACACAUUAGCUAUCAGAACACUGGGUCUAUUCCUUGAGUUGAACACACACAUAUUGAAUAUGUGACAUGGCUCAAUGGCCUGAUAUCACAUAGGCCUACUGCAGUACAGUAGAAAUGGAGACAGCCAACAGUCUGUGGCCCCAUUCCAUGCUCAACAUGACCAUUGCUUCAAUUUGACUUCAUGUUAGGCAUUUAUUAUGGUGGGAUGGAUACAUUACAUUACAUGUGAAAGUAUCCUAAAGCAGUGUAUUGCUUAAUGGUAUUGGUCAACAGAACCAUUGAUUGUGAUGUUUUUGUCUCUUUCAGAUAUUGAGGCCUGUCUACCAGGACAACCAUGGUACGUUGGGUAAGCCAUGUAUUACUGACUACGAUUUGAAUGAACAAUGUGGUUUGUCAAGACAAUUCUAUCUAUAACCAUUGUACUUUUAUGUUCCCAGGCUAACUCCCAGUGUGUAUGUAUGUGGUGUGUGUGUGUGUGUGUGUGUGUGUGUGUGUGUGUGUGUGUGUGUGUGUGUGUGUGUGUGUGUGUGUGUGUGUGUUUGUGCGUGUGGUGUCUCUCAGCAGGGAGGAUAUACCCAGGUCAGGCCAGCAUGCCCCAGACACAAGGGUCUGGCGGUGCCCCGCCUGGGGGUGUAGGACUAGCAGGCCGGACCACCUUCCUACGACGCUCCACUAAUGCCAAGAUGUCUAAGCCAUCCGAUGCCAACCUCUCUGGCCAACCCCCACCCAGCUACCAGCAGGCCCAGAGCUCCAACUUUGCUAAUUACCAGAACUGUACUAUAGUACGCUCCCAUGUAACCACACGGCAACCCGCACAGCAACUAUGGCUACGUCAAAGCAGCACCCAAGAUCCUCAUCUUCCCCAUUUUUGUUCAGGUGUGUGUGUGUGCGUGUGUAUGUGUGUAUAAGUGACUCACCAUAUUUCCACUACCAUCUUUCCAUCUCUCCAUUAGUGCCAUUAGGGGUUUUCCCCUUUUAUUUGGAUAACUUUGAAGAAAACCACACCAUGUUUGUUGCAAUGCUCCUCCUCUCUGUGGUAUGUGUGUAGCUACAGUGGGGGAAAAAAAGUAUUUAGUCAGCCACCAAUUGUGCAAGUUCUCCCACUUAAAAAGAUGAGAGAAGCAUGUAAUUUUCAUCAUAGGUACACGUCAACUAUGACAGACAAAAUGAGAAUUUCUUUUCCAGAAAAUCACAUUGUAGGAUUUUUUAUGAAUUUAUUUGCAAAUUAUGGUGGAAAAUAAGUAUUUGGUCAAUAACAAAAGUUUCUCAAUACUUUGUUAUAUACCCUUUGUUGGCAAUGACACAGGUCAAAUGUUUUCUGUAAGUCUUCACAAGGUUUUCACACACUGUUGCUGGUAUUUUGGCCCAUUCCUCCAUGCAGAUCUCCUCUAGAGCAGUGAUGUUUUGGGACUGUCGCUGGGCAACACGGACUUUCAACUCCCUCCAAAGAUUUUCUAUGGGGUUGAGAUCUGGAGACUGGCUAGGCCACUCCAGGACCUUGAAAUGCUUCUUACGAAGCCACUCCUUCGUUGCCCGGGCGGUGUGUUUGGGAUCAUUGUCAUGCUGAAAGACCCAGCCACGUUUCAUCUUCAAUGCCCUUGCUGAUGGAAGGAGGUUUUCACUCAAAAUCUCACGAUACAUGGCCCCAUUCAUUCUUUCCUUUACACAGAUCAGUCGUCCUGGUCCCUUUGCAUAAAAACAGCCCCAAAGCAUGAUAUUUCCACCCCCAUGCUUCACAGUAGGUAUGGUGUUCUUUGGAUGCAACUCAGUAUUCUUUGUCCUCCAAACACGACGAGUUGAGUUUUUACCAAAAAGUUCUAUUUUGGUUUCAUCUGACCAUAUGACAUUCUCCCAAUCCUCUUCUGGAUCAUCCAAAUGCACUCUAGCAAACUUCAGAUGGGCCUGGACAUGUACUGGCUUAAGCAGGGGGACACGUCUAGCACUGCAGGAUUUGAGUCCCUGGCGGCGUAGUGUGUUACUGAUGGUAGGCUUUGUUACUUUGGUCCCAGCUCUCUGCAGGUCAUUCACUAGGUCCCCCCGUGUGGUUCUGGGAUUUUUGCUCAACGUUCUUGUGAUCAUUUUGACCCCACGGGGUGAGAUCUUGCGUGGAGCCCCAGAUCGAGGGAGAUUAUCAGUGGUCUUGUAUGUCUUCCAUUUCCUAAUAAUUGCUCCCACAGUUGAUUUCUUCAAACCAAGCUGCUUACCUAUUGCAGAUUCAGUCUUCCCAGCCUGGUGCAGGUCUACAAUUUUGUUUCUGGUGUCCUUUGACAGCUCUUUGGUCUUGGCCAUAGUGGAGUUUGGAGUGUGACUGUUUGAGGUUGUGGACAGGUGUCUUUUAUACUGAUAACAAGUUCAAACAGGUGCCAUUAAUACAGGUAACGAGUGGAGGACAGAGGAGCCUCCUUAAAGAAGAAGUUACAGGUCUGUGAGAGCCAGAAAUAUUGCUUGUUUGUAGGUGACCAAAUACUUAUUUUCCACCAUAAUUUGCAAAUAAAUUCAUGAAAAAUCCUACAAUGUGAUUUUCUGGAUUUUUUUCCCUCCGUUUGUCUGUCAUAGUUGACGUGUACCUAUGAUGAAAAUUACAGGCCUCUCUCAUCUUUUUAAGUGGGAGAACUUGCACAAUUGGUGGCUGACUAAAUACUUUUUUCCCCACUGUACAUAUGCUUCUGUCAUAAACACAUUAGAAUUAACUAAAUUUCCUCUACAUGCCUACGUCCAAGCACUCAUGCCCACUGUCAGGGUGUGAUCGUAUUGCAAAACUGGACUACCCACUUCCCCGGAUUCUACAAUCGUCUGUAAUAGUACUUCCUGCUGACUAACUGAGUCACCGAGCUGCACAGUGAAACAGCCCUGUGGUCUCUCUAGCUCCAGUCCGGGUCCACAAGAGGAUGUGGCUAACAACCCCGCUGCACUGGCGCUUUUAGCCUAGUGCCUCUUCACAGAUUGAGACCUUUAUAGAGCAUCUCACAGAUUCCUGCAGUCACAGCUCACACUGUGAGGAUCUCUGUAGAGACUGGUGCGACUGUAGCUACACGAGAGCCGCCAGCUGCACAGCCUGUAGUGUUCCCUUUGGUGGGCAGAGAGCAUGGAGCUUGGAGCCAGAAUGGAGAUGGUACUGUAGCUACAUGCUCCCUCAUGUACGGCUAUGUUCAUGAGAACAUCCCUCCCAGACAUGUCUAUCAAUCUGUAUCUCUAUUUAGUGGUAUUUGUGAGUGUUGUGAAUGAUAUUGGACUGUAAUAGCAGUGUUACGAGUUAUAUAUCAGUGACUUUGGCUAUAGUAUUGUGUACUGUCAUUAUAAGUGAUAUUAGUUAAUGUAGUGUGUUUGAAGUGAUAUUAAACUGCAGUAUUUUGCCCUGGAUGAUAAUGUAAUCUUCAUUUCAUUCCUAGUAUGUUGCCUAAACUUAAUCUAACUUUAAUCUAAUGUCAAUCUAACCCUUAACUCUACUCUCCUCCUGUGUGUGCAGCCUCUGGACCUGUGUAACCCCACACGGACUCUGGUGGUCUCUGAGGAGAUGAUCCUCCACGAGAGCAAGCACCUCUCCAUUAAGGUAAAUGGCUUCUGA